AUUCGGUACCAAGCUUUUAGAUAUUUCCUUAUCAUUAUUGGCUUACUGUUCAGUGUUCUCUAGACAUGUCACCUCCACUAGCGUCCCCUGUGUUCAAGGUCAACAGGCGUGAACCUGAGCUACUCACCCCGGCUAAGCCCACCCCUCACGAGUUUAAGCCAUUAUCUGACAUUGAUGACCAAGAGAGUCUCCGCUUCCAUAUUCCCGUCUUACAAGUUUAUCGUUAUGAGCCCUCUAUGCAAGGGAAAGACCCUGUUAAAAUCAUCAGGGAGGCUCUUGCUAAAGCACUUGUCUUUUACUAUCCAUUUGCAGGUAGGCUUCGGGAAGGGCGUAAUCGCAAGCUUUUGGUGGAAUGCACUGGUGAUGGUAUCUUGUUUAUAGAAGCUGAUGCCGAUGUUACUUUUGAUCAGUCCGGCGACGCACUUCAACCCCCGUUCCCUUACUUGGAGGAACUUCUUUUUGAUGUCCCUGGGUCAAGUGAGACACUAAACUGUCCUCUCUUGCUAAUUCAGGUUACACGUUUUAAAUGUGGUGGUUUUGUUUAUGCCCUUCGUUUGAACCACACCAUGAGUGAUGGACCUGGUCUAGUCCAAUUCUUGUCAGCUGUGGCUGAGAUGGCUAGGGGGGAACAAGCCCCUUCCAUCCUUCCAGUGUGGGAAAGACAUGUACUUGAUGCGAGGAACCCACCUCGUGUCACAUGCAUACAUCGUGAAUACGAUGAGAUUGAAGGCAUAAAUAGUAUUAGCAGUGCAAGAAUUCCAUUUCCGCUUCAUGACAUAUUAGACAAGUCAUUUUUUAUUCGAUCAACUCAAUUGUCUGCUCUUCGAAGAUUUGCCCCUCCCCACCUCCAUGGAUGCUCUACUUUUCAAAUAUUAACUGCAUGUUUAUGGAAAUGUCGAACAGUGGCACUCCAACCAGACCCCAAACAAGAGAUGCGCAUGAUAUGUCUCAAUAAUGUGCGCAAAAAAUUCAAUCCUCCUUUAUUACCAGAAGGGUAUUACGGUAAUGGAUUUGCGCUCUCGACUGUGGUGGCAACUGCCGGAGAACUCACUCAAAAUCCGAUAGGUUAUGCAUUAGAAUUGGUGAGGAAGGCUACCACGGAUAUGAGCAGAGAGUAUCUACAGUCUGUGGCUGAUCUAAUGGUGAUUAAGGGUAGGCCUAUAUUUCACGUGGAAGGAAGUUACAUAGUGUCGGACUUGAGACAUGCAGGCUUUAGAGAGGUAGAUUUUGGAUGGGGCAAAGCUGUGUAUGGUGGGCCGUUGAGAGCCAUCCCCAUGGUCGCAAGCUUUUAUGUACCGUUUGAAAAUAAGAAAGGUGAAAAUGGAAUUGUGUUUCCAAUUUGCUUGCCAACCCAAGCAAUGGAAAGAUUUGCAAAGGAGUUGAACAAUUUGUUGGAGGGCCAACCAAUUCAUGGUGACAACAAUGGAUCUUCACACGUAUUGUCUGCUUUAUAAGCUCGGGUGUUACUGUUAGAAAAUCUAUUUCUUGGAAAGGCAUUGUGUUAAUAAGCAAAGUGAAUUUACUAUUAUAUGUAUGAAAACAAUGCUUUAGUUUGA